UUGAACUUCUGCUUUGCUAUAGAGCUGGACUUCCUUGGACUCAGUCGGUUUGAGAACACAGAACGUCCAUCGACAUCAAAUUCCUACAAGUAUCACAAAGAGGACGAACACUGUGCUCGCAGUCAGUUUGCCUCAUUUACUUUCUUUCUUACCAUAGAUUCUAAUCAUUGA